AGUCAAACCGCUGUCCUAGUGCACAUGGUGUGGAGAAGCCACGUUGACACCGUCUCUCAGAAAUCACAACCGAAGCUUCAAAACACUGUGAAUCCCGCUUAAGGUGUGACAUCAUCAGGAUGAGUGUUGGGUUUAUCGGAGCGGGUCAGCUGGCACACGCCCUGGUCAAGGGCUUCACAGCAGCGGGUGUAAUCACAGCAAACCGAAUCACAGCAAGUUCACCUGACACAGAUCUGCCCACAGUCUCCAGUCUGAGGAAAAUGGGCAUCAAUUUUACAACAAGCAACAAGGAAGCCGCACAUAAGAGUGACGUUCUGUUCCUGGCGGUGAAACCGCACAUCAUCCCGUUUGUUCUGGAUGAAAUUGGUCCAGAUAUUGAAGAUCGUCACCUCAUCGUCUCCUGUGCAGCUGGAGUCACUAUCAGCUCUAUUGAGAAGAAACUGCUUCAGUAUCGUACGUCUCCUAAAGUGAUGCGUUGUAUGACGAACACGCCGGUGGUGGUGCGCGAGGGUGCGACGGUUUACGCCACGGGAACACAUGCUGAUGUAGAGGAUGGGAAACUGCUGGAGCAGCUGAUGGCGAGCGUCGGGUUCUGUACGGAGGUGGAGGAAGAUCUGAUCGACGCCGUGACGGGACUCAGCGGUAGCGGACCUGCUUAUGCGUUUACGGCACUCGAUGCUCUCGCUGAUGGAGGGGUGAAGAUGGGGUUGCCACGGAGACUUGCGGUGAGACUGGGAGCUCAGGCGUUACUGGGUGCGGCUAAAAUGCUCCUGGACUCUGAGCAGCACCCCGGUCAACUGAAAGACAACGUCUGCUCACCAGGUGGCGCUACCAUCCACGCGCUGCACUUCCUAGAGAGUGGCGGAUUCCGCAGCUUGCUCAUAAACGCUGUGGAGGCAUCCUGCAUCAGGACACGGGAGCUGCAGUAUCUGGCUGAUCAGGAGAAGAUUUCUAUGGCUGCGAUUAAGAAAACCACGCUGGAUAAAGUGAUGCAGCAGCCUGGAGUCACCGCAACAUCAGUGGGCACCAAGAGCAGAGUGAAUCUAUUGAACAACCGGACUGGAGUCAAGAAAAACUGAACACUCCUAAAUAUUCACAUACUUACACAGGAAAUGCAAGAUUACCCAGCAUUAGCUGGCAGCGCUGUCCGUCCAUGUGUGCACAAACACACACACACACACACACACACACAAACUGACAGACAUAAACUGAAGUGCAUUAUGUGUCUGUGUGCUGCCAAAAAGAGCACCUCCUCUGAACAGGUACAAUAUUACACUAGUAGUUUAAAGGCACAGUUCACCCAAAAAAAUGAAAAUUCAUUUUCCGUAUGACUUUCUAUCUUUUUGUUUUAGACAAAUGAUGGCCUCAGUCACCAUUCACUUUCACUGUACUUUUUUCCAUACAAAGAGAGUGGAGACUCAACAUACUGCCUAAUAUCUCCUUUGGUGUUCUGCAUAAGACAGAAAGUCAAAUGGGUUUGGGUCAACAUGAGCAUGAAUAAAUGAUGACAGAA